CGCGCGCUCGGACGGUGCUUGCAGAAGAGCAAGUCGCAAGGAGGUUGUUGGGGCUCCGUUCCUGGAGGCAACGUGGGCUGGUGCUGCCCUUUUCAGGCGUAGCGAGCAGCAAGCGAGCCCGAUGCCGUCGAGCUUCAUCGGCAAUGCCCUCCGGGGCACCUUCUUCCUCAUUUUUGGUCUCUGGUGGUCCGUGAAGUACCCGCUCAAGUACCUCAGGCGGAAGGCGAACGCCGAGGAUCAGCCAAGCUAUGGCGCCCAGCGCCUGGAAGUCCUCGAAGGGACGGUCAAAGCCUUCUUCGCCCUCGCAGGCAUCCUGGCCGAGCAAUUUGCUCCUGCCGGUCCCCACCUGCUGCUCUACAGUGCCGAGACGCACAGCUGGACGGACCUGACCCCCUGGCACUACACCACCAUGUACCUCUUCUUCCUCCUCUCCGGCGUCGUGGAGGUCGUCUCGCAUUCCCCCCUCAAGCUGCCCCUCGGCUUGGAUCAUCUCGCGCUGGCCAUAGCUCUGCUCAUGGAAGGCUUGCUCUUCUGUUCCCGCGACUACAGCGAGGCUGCGCUGGGUGGUCACCUCCGCUGCCUGCUGGCCACGGGCAUCUUCGCCGGAGCGCUCUGUGCGCUCCUGGAAGUGUUCAUCCGAGACCACUUGGUCCUGGAGCUCUUCCGGACCAGCUCCUUCCUCCUGCAGGGCUCCUGGUUCUGGCAGAUGGGGUUUGUGCUGUCCCCUCCGUGGGGAGGCCCGGGCUGGGAUCCCGCCGACCGCGGCAAUUUCGUGUUCCUCACCAUGUGCUUCUGCUGGCACUACGCCGGCGCCCUCGCCGUCAUGGCAGCCAACGCCGUCGCCUCUCGCUGCUGCAACGAGUCCUGCCAGCUGAAGUUUGGGGACAUCGACGUGGAGCUGGACUGCGGCAUGUGCAUCCGCAAGGGCAAGAGCGCCCGCGGCGCCCUGCUGCCGGAGAGCGGCCCGGACGACAAGUGAGUCCCCGCUCCGUCCGAAACUUCUUCCCGGCGUUUUCAAGCUCUACGGAUCGGGUUUGGGAUUUGUCUCGUCAAAUGAAGCCGACGCUUGGUAACGGAGCAUGGGAAGGGGAAAGCAUGAGGUGGACGGCCCAGCGCUGCAGUGUAAGGACUUGUCCCCUUCCCACCCAACUCCCUUGCCUUCAUCUAACGGUAGCACGUGCCAAGGAGGCUCCUUGGAGGGAGAGUUUUUAGUUUUCUGGGCUGCAAAGCUCGGGCUGUGAACGGCCCCACCGGUAGCUCUCACGCUGGUUCAAGUAGAGCGUUUUGGGGGUCCUUUUUGCACAAGGCUUGAUGUGUACAGAGCAAAUGUGGCCACCAAUAAAGUGCCUUAAUG